AAUCUUUGUUUUGAACUAAAAUUGAUAUAUUUUUGGUCUAUGGUUGUGUGUGUCAAAUAGGUUAAAAACAGUUUGUUUACUAUUUUCUGAAUGAAAAACAAAUUAAUUCCUAAAGAAUACUAUGGCUGUAUGCGUUGCUAUUAUUGGGAAAGAUAAUUCUCCUAAAUUUAUUUGUUGUCUGAACCCUGAUGAGGAACUACGUUUUCAGUACAAAGUACUGUCAUCUCUAGAUAUUGUGGAAGAGAAAAUUAAUGGAGGUAAUAAACCAGUUGACAACAGAGAACUUUUUCUGGGAAUGUUAUAUGCUAUUGAAACACAUAAAAUAUAUGGGUAUGUUACAAAUACCAAAAUUAAAUUUAUAAUAGUUGUUGAUUCUUCAAAUAUGGCCCUACGAGACAAUGAAAUUAGAUCGAUGUUUAGGAAGAUACACUCUGAAUAUACUGAUAUAGUUUGUAAUCCAUUCUACACACCAGGGGAACCAAUCACAUUCAAAUCUUUUACAACAACUAUAAAAAACAUCAUGACUGGAACAGUUUGAAAUGAGGCAAAGUAAAUUUAUUUAUUUAAAUAUACACAAUCACAGUUAUAAUUCUCUUAAGUGAUUAUAAAACCUUCCCUGAAAGAUUCCCAGAUAUAGAUAUCCCAGCUAUCUAGUUUAAUUACUUGAGUCAUCUUUUGAUUGAAAAUAUAAAACUGCUUCAAUUUGUAGACCCCUUGAAUAAUUCUUAGAAAGAUAAUUAAAGUUUAUCAUCUUAGUAAUAAAUUGAUAGUGUUUUAUGGAA